AUCGCAUUUUCGCAAAUUUAAGUCAAAACGCUGCCAAGCGCGCAGAUGAGUUCACUUCACUUCACGAUUAUACGAAUGCCUCGGAGUGGCUAAGCGGGUGAGAGAAGAGCAAGAAGUGGGGAUCAGAACUGCGAUUUAUGUAAGCUUGGAGGUGUCAAGGAGCAGGCUGCCGAAGAACGUCAUGAAGCUUUGAAGUGCUGUAAAUAUUUUCACACUGAUGAGCGGCCAACGCUGCCCCAACGACAAUCAAAUACGCGAUCAAAUUGUCGUCGUUACUGGCGCAAAUAGUGGCGUUGGCUUUGAGAUUGCUAAAGCGUUGGCAUCGCGUGGCGGCCGUAUUGUGUUGGCUUGCCGCAACAUAGCCGCAGCGGAACGCGCCGCAAUUGUUAUCAAGCGCGAACUUGCCUGCCAACAUAUCAGCCCGAAUGCCGCCGCUGAGGAGUUAUUUGUGGAGGCGCGCUAUCUGGACUUGCGCUCCUUCGAUAGUGUACAUCGUUUUGCGCGACGCAUCACCGGCGAAUUCGAGCGCAUCGACGUGUUGAUAAACAAUGCGGGCAUUAUAUUCGCACCGGUUGGCGCACGUACCAUCGACGGCUUCGAGGAACAUCUGCAAGUGAAUUAUAUAUCUCAUUUUUUGCUGACACAACUGCUAUUGCCGCACUUGCGACGCUCACCCAGCGGCGGACGAGUGGUGAAUGUAACAGCACAUGCUCAUGCUGCGGCCAAAAUCGAUUUCGACGAUCCGCUAAAUGUGGGCACGUGGGCGGUGAAUUUCCAUGCGCGGGAUGCCUUCGCCCAUUCCAAGCUGGCAGUAAUGCUGGCAACGCGUUGGCUAGCGCGCCAACUGAAAGGCACUCCUCUAACCGUCAAUUGUUGUACACCUGGACUUGUUCGUAGCACCGGUCAUUUGCGCAAUUCGCCGCUAAUGUCCGCCAUUAGUGUAAAAUUGAUGACCUACCCAUGGAUGUGGCUGUUCAUGAAGAAUCCAUUUGAAGGAGCACAAUGCGCCAUACGUCUAGCCAGCGAUCCAAAGCUUAAGAACGUGAGCGGCGAAUAUUUCAAUGAUUGCGAAGUAACACAAUCGUCCUUGCAGGGCCGUGAUAUAGCUUUGGCGAAAAAAUUAUAUAUGCAGACAAUCAAAGAACUGGAGAAAGUUACCAAAUUAAGUAUUGAAAAGGAUGUUGGAGAUGGAACUUUAGCUUUGGAAAUGGAUCAGACGCAAACAGCGGAUUGUAGUCAGCAAGGAAAUCAUGACAAGCAGCAUAAACAAGAAAAGCAGAAAAAGAAACAGUUGCAACAAAGAAAAUAGCGAAACAACAACAGCAAAAUUUGCAACAUUCGGCGCAAAAAAAAAC